GAAUCUUUUUCAGUCAUAAUUUGUCUACAAGCUCAUUCUGUUAAAAAGCAGUUGUGAGAAAAUUGCAUCUGAAAUCAUAUUGAAUCAUGAGUUGAGUGUAUUGUUACAUCCCUAAAAUGCAGUGCAAUCACUAAUAGUAAUUGAUAUAUAAAACGAUCAGAAAAAAAUUUAAUUUCAAUAAUUCCAUGACAACUAAGCAGACUCCACUAUUGUUAAUAGGAUACAAUAUUAUUUUAAAUAAUUCUAAUUCCAUUAGGGAGAUUUUUUGUUUUUUUGCAAAAAUCAAGACUGGAUUCUAGAAUGAACUCCUCAGCAUUAAAAUACAAACAUAUACAACAACACAUCUUUGUUUUCAUUUAAAAUAUUCUCUCUCUUACAGUCAUCUAGCUGGCAAUUUUCUCACACAGCACGCUGCGGUUAUUUUUGUAAUAUGGGCGGACAAAAGAGAAAAUACAAGCAUGAGGCCAGUCCACCAGCUGAGGAUGAUGAAGUGCUUGGUCUUAAAAAAGCUCUUCAGUCAGCUACAAAAAACAACCAGAAUCUGGCUUCAAUAAACACCAACCUGAGGAAGCAGGUUAAGGAAUUCACACACCGGGAGAACAGCUGGGUAGUGGAAAAGCUUAAAUUUGCAAAAAAAAACGAAAUCACACGGACAAUACUUUGUAGGAAAUACGCCCACGCUCAAGAUGAGAUCAUGAGGUUGGAGGAGGAGUUGAAGGCUGCAGAAACCGACAAAGCUUUAAUGAUGAAAGAGAAUGAGAACGCCUGGGACGACCUGGAAAAGAUGGCUUCCAGAGGUGAAGAGAUAGCCUCACAGCUUAAAGAGAUGCAUGACAAGUGCCAGGAGCAGCAAAAGGAGAUGAAGAAAAAGGAGGAGAUGAUCGACAGCUUCCGGAGGGAAAUGAUGGAUCUUCUAAAGGAGUUUACACACACAGACGAGGAACAGACACAACCGGAGGUCCAGGAGAACCAGAAGAAGAGACCCAGAAGGAGCGCAAGAAAUAUCUACGGCUUUCAUGAAAGCUCACGGAUAGGCAUUGCAAGCAUAUAAGAAAUAAAUGUUUACUUGUUUAUGAUAAAGAA